UUAUGCAACUGUAUAUUUAGUGUAAGACUAACAUCGUUGCUGAAUUUGUUACAAUGUUGCACAGGCUUGAAGCAGCUAGACAAGUCCAGUUGGACCAAAAAUGUUCACGUGUUAAUUCAGUUCUGUAGUGUUCAUUCAAGUCUCUAGAAUUUGUCAGAAGCGCAUCCUCCUCCUCCUCCUCCUUCUCAUCUCCAGUGUGUGUGUGUGUGUGUGUGUGUGUGUGUGUGUGUGUCCGAGAGUCACAUGAGUGUGUGAUGUCCAAUGAAGGCGUCUCCGCCCGGCGCAUAAAGCAGACGCGCUCACACACACACACUCAACAUGGGCGAGCGGGGACGGUGCAGCAGCUGAACACCAGCUCACACAGCUUCACACACUCCAUCUCCAUCUCCGUGUGUGUAUGUGUGUAUGUGUGCAUGUGUGUGUGUGUGUGUGCGUGCGUGUGUGUGUGUAUGUGUGUGUUUAUCUGGACUCGUCCGGAGCUGCUGAGGAGCGUCGCCGUCUUUUUCCACACACACACAACACACACUGAGUCAAAUGCUGGAGGCGCAAAGUAAAGGGUCAGUGAUGGAGUUCACCACCGAAGAGGAUUUAGAGGAGCUGUGUCCUGUGUGCGGGGACAAAGUGUCCGGUUACCACUACGGCCUGCUCACGUGCGAGAGCUGCAAGGGCUUUUUUAAGCGCACUGUGCAGAACAAUAAGAGAUACACCUGUAACCAGAACCAGGACUGCGGCAUCGACAAGACGCAGCGCAAGAGAUGUCCUUUCUGUCGCUUCCAGAAGUGCCUCAGUGUCGGCAUGAGGUUAGAAGCGGUUCGCGCUGACCGUAUGCGAGGAGGGAGGAACAAGUUUGGCCCCAUGUACAAACGAGACCGCGCUCUGAAGCAGCAGAAGAGAGCCCUGAUCCGAGCAAGCGCCUUCAAAUUGGAGCCCAACCCACCACUAGUGCCCUCCAACCAGGCAGAGUAUCCGUUCCCAGGCUCAAUGCCUGGCCUGCUGCCCCCCCUCGGCCCUCCAGACUAUGAUUGCCUACCUACGUGCCCCCCCUCUUUAGGGGUGGCCCUGCACAGCUAUGGCUCCUUCCCAGCCCAGUAUCAGUACACCACCCCGACUGUGCCCGGUAGAUCCAUCAAAGCAGAGCAUCCGGACCCGUAUUCCGGUUCUCCUGACUCAUCUCUUGGGUAUCCGUAUGCCGAGGGCUGCAUUCCCGCCUCACCACAGACCAGCCCCCUGAACCCAGCCGUGCCCUCGCUGGUUCUGGAGCUGCUUAGCUGUGAGCCUGAUGAGGAGCAGGUGAGAGCAAAGAUCUGUGCCUACCUGCAGCAGGAGCAGAGUGGGCGUGGCAAGCUGGACAAACCCCGACCCUCCAACUUGCUCUGCGUGAUGGCGGACCAGACCCUGUUCUCCAUCGUGGAAUGGGCGAGAAGCUGCAUCUUCUUCAAGGAGCUAAAGGUCGGAGAUCAGAUGCAACUGCUACAUAACUGCUGGAGCGAGCUCCUGCUUCUGGAUCAUGUCUUUAGACAGGUGCAUCAUGGGAGAGACCAUACUCUGCUACUCAUCACUGGCCAAGAGGUGGAGCUUGCGGGCAUCGUGUCUGACUCGGGUCUCACUCUCUCGAGUCUCGUGCAGAGGGGACAGGAACUGGCACGGCGGCUGCAGCUGCUCCAGGUCGACCGCCGUGAGAUGGCCUGCCUCAAGUUCCUCAUCCUUUUCAACCCCAACGUGAAGCUGCUGGAGAACCAGGCACUAGUGGAGAGCGUGCAAGAGCAGGUGAACAGCGCUCUGCUGGAAUACACACUCACCUCGUACCCUCAGCAUGUGGACAGGUUCAGUCAGCUGGUGCUGCGGCUGCCGGAGGUUCGUGCCCUGAGCGCCCAGGCCGAGGAGUACCUGAGCUCCAAACACCUGAGCGGAGACGUGCCCUGCAACAACCUGCUCAUCGAGAUGCUGCACGCCAAGAGAGCCACCACCAUCUGAACCAGAGGUGUGUGUGUGUGUGUGUGUGUGUGUGUGUGUGUGUGUGUGUGUGUGUGUGUGUGUGUGUGUGUGUGUGUGUGUGUGUGUGUGUGUGUGUG